AUGCCCCCACUUAUGCGAAGCUACAGCGGGGCGGCACGCGACACCUCCUCGCUGGUGCUGGCAGCUGCAAGUGACUACGGCCCCUUUGGAGCCGCGGCGGCGACUGUGUCUCCGUUGUCGCUGUGGGCCGUCGACGCCUCCGGGCCCGGUCGGUGCACAACCUCCUCGCGGUACGCCGAGGCGUCGCUGCUGCGGCGCGAAUUGGAGCUGCGAGGGGAGUUUCACCGCUUGCGAGCUGAGGAGAGCGAGCAGAUGCGACUGCGGCAGGAACAGGACCGACGCGAAGCGGACGCGGAGGAGCGACGCCAUCUCAUCGCUGCGGCGCGGGACAUAGAAGAGCAGCGGGCAAAGCGGAUGGAGGAGCAACAAGAAAAGAUCCUGCAGCGAGAACGGGAACUGAGGAAUGGAAGAUGGAACGAGCGACGCGUCGAGGAGCUCAAAGGUCACCAAGCCUCACAGCUGCGCGACAGGAAUGAACAAAUCAACACGUUAGAGACGAAGCUGGCGCAGAUGGAGCGCGAGCUACAGGAGGCCAAGGCUAAGAUCGCCCUCACUUCGGUCGGCAAUGCCAACGACCCCUAUGGGUUUGGUGAGACCACAAAGCUCAAGGACGAAAUUCGCGACUUGCGGCAAAAGGCCGACGAGCUGGAGGAGCAAAAGAAGCGCCUGGAGCGACGCCAGCGAGAGAGCGAUGAGCGCGCGGACGCGCAGAGCGCGGCGCUGCAAUCCAUCCAAAACGAGUACCAGAGUCGUGCAAGACACAACGAGGCCGAGGUGGAGAGCCUGCGGAAGGAGGCACAGCAGGCUAAAUCGGCCCUGGAUGCCGAGCGCGCGGCCCACGAGGAUGAACUUGCGCGACUGCGGAAGCAAAUCCGCGAAGCCGAGGAGGUUGCGGUCGCGCAGAAGAGCCGCGACGCAGAAGUGACGCUUCAGAAAAUGCGCGAGCGGUUCGACAAUGAUAAGCAGGGACUCGAGGCAGCCCAGCACCAGCUCACCCGCAAACUCAAAGCCACUGAGGAGGAACUGCAGAGCACGAAGCGUCAGCUUGAAUCCACGCAACGCGAACUCAGUACCGCGAAGGUGGACCUCCAGCAGCGCGGCCAGACGCUGGAAGAAAAGACCGCUCUUUUGAAGAAGCUAGAAGGCGACGUGGAAUCGAAGGCGUCUCUGGAGUUCGAGCUGCGGGACGCCAAGUCCCGCAUGGACCACAUUGCCGAGGAACACAAGCGAGACCGAGACUACCUGCAGGCGCAACACCAGGCUGCUCUUUCUAGCAAGGAGAAAGACGUCGAGACGCUGCGGAAGGAGUUGGCGGAAUCGCGGAAGCUUGUGCAGAGCCUCCGUGAGGAGGUGACCAACUCCAAAUUCGGCAAGGACGACUAUCAGCAAAAGCUCAACCGUGACCUGUCCGAAAAAGAGGCCUCGCUCGCUCAGCUGCGACGUGAACUGGAGGCUAGCAAGCACAGUCAGGAGGAGUGGAAAGCCACCUACGAGGACCCGCAACGGCAGAAGGAGCGGGCGGCCGAGUCCUUCGAACAGAACCUGCGGGCUCGCGACGAAGAGGUGCGCUCCGUCAGCGAAAAACUGAACAAGGCACUGGAGGAGAAGGUCGCCGCAGAGCUGGCGCUGCGCUCCAGGAAACACGGCUGCUGGCCGGCUCGACACGCGACGGCGAGGCGCAACGGCGCUGCGCGAGCGAGAGGAGAGCCUCUCCCGCCUGAGCAUGGAGGUCAAGGAGCUUCGCGAGGAGCAAGCGCGGCUCAAGGACCGAACAGGAACUGCGUCAUGAACUCAGCGUGGCCAGGAAUGCCUCGGAGUCCAUCUCCAGCGUGCCUUCGCUGUCGGCCAACUAUCGUCAGACGCAGCCGUCCAUCGUAG